AUGUCGCUUAGUCUAUUCAAAGUUAAGCAAACCUAUUUUGAAAAAUUGUUCACAUCGAGUUCUACUUCCAAUACCGAUAUAAACUCAUCCUCUAAUGCCACCAACAGUGCCAACAAAAAGAUCCCUAAAGUAUUACUUCUUGAUAAUAUAACUACCUCAAUAAUAUCGUUAUCAUAUACUCAAUCACAACUUUUAUCCAAUGACAUCAUUUUGAUUGAACUAAUUGAAAACCAUAAACAAUUAUCUACGAUGAAACAUUUAGAGUGUAUUGUUUAUAUCAAUCCAAACUCGACAUCAAUCAAACAUUUAUUAGAGGAAAUGAAAUCACCUCAUUUUCGUAAAUAUCAUGUGUUUUUCAAUAAUGUUGCCGGUAAGAAUGAUAUCGAACAGUUGGCGGUGGCUGAUGAAUAUGAAACUGUUGAUCGAGUGUUGGAGAUUUUUCAAGAUUAUUAUAUUUUAAAUGAUGAGUUAUACUUGAAUAAUUCGUUGUCAAUAGCAAAGAGUGUUAAUCCGGUUGUGGAACAAGCCAAAAGCUUAACUAGUUUACUAUUGGCUUUGAAGAAGAGUCCCAUUAUCAAAUAUGAAUCAAAUUCAAUAGAUUUGAAGAAACUUAGUUCAGAGUUGUUGUACAUUAUCAAUUCAAAUUCAAACAACAAUUUAUUUGAUGAUUUGAAUCAAAGGUCAGAUACACCACCAGUUUUGUUGCUACUUGAUCGGAAAAAUGAUCCCAUCACUCCACUUUUAACUCCAUGGACUUAUCAAUCAAUGAUUCAUGAAUUUUUAACCAUUGAUAAAAACGUGGUUACAUUGCCUGAUAAUCAAGUCAUACUUUCACAACAAGAUGAUUCAUUUUAUAAUGAAUCAAUGUAUUUGAAUUAUGGAGAUUUGACUAAUAAAUUUCAAAAAUAUGUUGAACAAUAUAAAACUGAAACCAAACAAUCAUCAAUUGAUAAUUUGAAACUGCAAAAUUUGGCGGAAUUGAAAAAAACAUUGACCAAAUUUCCUGAAUAUAAAAAGAUUUCAGUGAACAUCUUGACUCAUUUGAAUUUGAUUAGUGGGAUUGAUGAACAAAUUUCAAAACAGCAAUUGUGGGAUAUUGGUGAAUUGCAACAGACGAUUAUUUGUGAUUUAGAUAAUCAACUGGAUAUCAGGAACAAGAUGAUUCAGGUUCUAGAGAAUAAGGCAAUAUCAACUGUGAAUAAAAUCAAGUUGGUGUUGCUCUAUAGUUAUAAGUUUCAUAAUCCAACUGACUUAUCAUUAUUCAUCAGUAAAUUGGAAAAUGAGACUGUAGCAGCACCAUUACUUACUCAAACACAAUUGGAAUUGAUUAAGAAAUUUAGCACGUUGUUCAAAUCACAUGAUUUGGCUUUUGGUUCAAACCAAGAUCAACAGGAUCAGCAUCGUAACCGCCAAGGAUUAUCGAACUUAUUCACCAAUAGAAAAGUAAACAUCAACAAUUUAUUCAAUCGGAAUAAUGCUAAUCAUUCAGGUAACGAAAAUGUUUAUCUACUGUACACACCAAGAUUAAAUCAAAUCUUGACCAACUUAAUCAAACCAGAUACCGCAUCUCAAGGAUCAAACCCUCAUCCCAAUUUAUCUACAUUGUACCCCGAGGUAGUGAAACUGCAAUAUGGCGAUACAUCUACUGAUGCAAUUCAGGAUUUGAUUAUUUAUUUCCAAGGUGGAGUAACUUAUGAAGAAUUGCGAUUGGUUCACGAAUUCAACCAAACUGGAAACAAGAAAUACAACAUCAUAAUCGGUAGUGAUGAGAUGCUCAAUAGUAAUCAAUGGUUAACCAAAAUGUAUCAAAUGAUAUCAAAAUCAAACAAAAGUGAUCAAUCUAUAGAUGGUGAUGAUUUUGGAAUAUCAAGUCAAGAUAGACAAGCACAACUACGUGAAAUAUUAUAA